AUGGAACGGAUCCAGGGGUCUUCUUGGGGAGAAAGACGGGGUGGGGGUGGGGAGCGGGCGUGGAGAGGGACCACGGGAAGCGAGCAGGCAUCACUGCGGGGCCGGUGGGCAGGCUGGGUGAGACCUCGAGAGUGCAGCCAGAACCCCCGGCCCAGGACAGGCGGAGCACGUUCUCUCCAGAGCCAUCCGGGCCCUAGGCAACCGCGAUGGCCCGGGCCUGCCCCGCCUCCGCGUGCGGCCCUUCUCUUUUGCCGGUGCCCUUCACUGCUCCGGACAGCGGGCAGAGAGGCGCGCGGGACCGCCGGCCCGGAGCCUUCGGGCACCCAGGACCCGGGACCCGGGACCCGGGAUGUUAGCGGAGGGCUGGGCGCUGUGCGCUUCUCCCCCUCCCCCGCGGCCCGGAGCGCGAGCCGCCGUGACGUCACGGGCCACCCGCCAGCCCCGCGCUCCGCGGGGCAGAGCGCGUGCGGCCGCCGAGCACAUGGGCCCGCUGGCGGUGCGGGCUCCGGAGGCUGGGACCUGGAGGAGCCGCGAGCCAGGAUGGGACCCGGUAUCCCCAGAGCCCCGCGCGUAUGGAUAUCCACGUGGAAAAUGUUGGCGGUCCGGGUGACCUGGGAGAUAUGGCUGGAUCCACAGUGCAUCACCCCUGACUCACCCCAAUCUGUUUCUGGCUGGAGCUUUUUGGAGCUGGAAAGAAGGCCCGAUCUGUUUGACAUGACUAUGAUAAAAGAUGCCCCUUUGGAGGGCUGUGCCUGCUGGUUGCAUGGAAACUACUCGGGGAUUUUCCGAGCCCUGUGGAUUUACAGUGCCUUGGGAGUAAUGCUGGUGGAUGCAGGCCUUGGAACGACACUCAGCAUGCUUCGGGAUGCUGCUAGUGGCUUCAUGGAUUCUUUCAGCCUGGAUACCCACUGGGGACAAAGACCACAGUUUCAAGUUUACUUCUCUACCUUUGACUUGGUGGGAAUAUUUGCUCUGGUCUCUCUGGCAACCUGGAUUCCUUCUAAAACGGUGACUACAGGGGACAAACACCUUCCAAUGCCAUGCCUGUACUGAGGAGCUUCUUAGGAGAGUGGUUCACCGCUGGCCAUCCUUGGUUGCUGGAGAUGCCCCACUUCGCCAUCAUGGUCCGUCUGCAGUGGAAGGAUGGUGUCUGGAUGGUUUCCAGGUCAGAAAUCCACCUGUGGUCACUUAUUUUCCAGCUGGCUCACUGUUUCCUGCCAAGUGUAUAAGACCUGCUGUCCAUGGCUGGCUAGUUGUGGCUACCAUCUGUGCACCCAGCACAGCCCGAGCAAGUGUCCAGGUGGCCUUCAAGGCCAGCUGCCCCAGAUGACGAGGCUGCAUUGUCAGCAGCAGAGCUGGUGUGUCUAUGAUUCAACGGACUGUGUCCAGGUCUCCAACCUUAACAAUCGAGAUCUGCCUUGCCAGGGUACCACCUAUCCUGGACCCUGUGCACCUCCCCUUUCGCUACAGAGAAGAUAACGAAGAGUGGAGGACCUGGGCCCUGGAACAUACUUAAAAUUCCACUGCAGAUUCAGGAAGAAGAACCAAGGGGCUGGGAUCAGGCUCGUCCUCUGCCUCUUCACCUCCUGAGAGUCUUGGGUGGCCUAGAUCUACUUUUUACAGGUACCGAGGCUCCCCAGAAAAGACAGCAUAGCCUUGGGUGCCACAGUAAACUUUUGCAAUCCUGGGAGAACUAGGGAAAUAUUGCCAGCAUCCUUAGUGGACCCGUGACUUGUUUGGCCAGGUCAAGUGACGGGAAAUAGGCUAAUGUCCUGUCCUUGGGGACACUGUUAGAAUGUUAGAGGGGAGAUGGUAAGACAGUUGAGGCAGCUUAGCAUGCUGGGUGCUGGGCCUCACUCGCCACCCCUCCUCUCUCUCCUGCUGGGGUUGCCGGAUGGAUUUCAGAUUAGUGCCCUCAAAAUGGACAGGUGAGUCCUAUCACCUUGUGUGCGUAUUUGUAUUCCGGCUCAUCUCUGUGGGGGCAUGUGAUCUACAGGUUCUAUGGAGGUGAGACUGCGACCUUCCUACUCUGCACCCUGAGAUUCCAAGCCCCCAGCACCCCAUUCCUACCUCACACUGUACCUGCAGCUCCUGGGAGAAACUUAGAAAUUUUAGUUCCUUAGUUUUCACAGAACAUUGCUCCUUGUAUGUGGUUAUAAACAUUAAUUAAAAGCAUUCAUCGGUUUGGCUGUCUUGGAAAGAGGUCCUGUUUUGUUUCAACAGGAACUAGUGUGCUGUGUUAUUACUGUUUUCUUGACCCUCAUUACCAACAGAACAGGGAUCCUACUUGCAACACAAUGAUUCAUCCAUACUUAUGUAUUGUUUGGCGUUGGGUGGCCUCCUUCGAGUGCUGCCUCAGUUUGUCCAACCAGCACCAUGGGGAGGUGGGUACUGUUGUCACUGAUCCCAUUUCAAAGAUGAGUAAACCAGGUCUUCAGCAGCCGAGGACCCUUGCCUUCAGCGUUAGGAGGCUUACAUGUGUUCCUUUGGCCCAUGAGCCGAUUCGCUGAUUCCCUUCCCUUCCCUGAGUACUUAUGAUCCGGUAGGAAAAGGCAGACCUUUUACGCUUUCAUCCUGUCAGGACAUGACUAAGCAGUUAAGUCUGAAGUAUUGGUUUAAGUGGCACUAAUAAUAGCUGACAUGUCUGAGUGCUUUGACUGCCGUGCUCUAAGACUCAUUUUACACCAAGAACACACCUUGGAGACAAGACACGGAGCCUCAAAAAACUGAAGUUCUUGCUGAGGCUCCUAAGAAGACUUGCAAAGUAGUAGUGCUACAGCCCCGUGCACGGUCUGUUCAAAGCCCCUGGACAGCCAGGAAGCUGUGCUGCUGCCCUUUUGGGGUCACAAAGUGUUUGCGUUUUGACAGUAAGGCCAAAAGUGCUUUCCUGGUAAUGCCCAUGAUGCGUGGGUGGCUGCUCGCCGGGUGCAGAGGUGCUGGGGACAGGAGGGCGUCUUUCCGAGUACAGCCCUAGUCAGCAGGACCUUCUCAGGAGGAGGAGGGGACUUCACCUCCAGCUACUAGGAACUGGACUCUGAGCACUGAAUGGACUAAACCAGCACUGUGGGGGGAGGUGAGAACUCAUUCAGCCUUGCAAAGUUGGUGGACUGCCUUGAUGCUAGCACAUUAAAGGGGAGAAUAUGACACCCAGAGAGCUUCAGACAAACAAAUUAUGGCCUCAUUCCACCAGAGGAGAGAGUGGCAAUUCAUUAGGAGGAAUACAAGACAUGUGCCCUUGGCUCCCCAGCUGUGUGUGUCCUGUUACACCUGGGAUAUAUGUGCUUUUAACCCAAAACAAAAGUAUGCAUCUGUUCAGCCCUCCAGAAGACUUUGAGAACCAUCUUUUCCUGAACUCUAGCUGGAUUGUUUGAGGAACUGGAAAACUGAGGUACGUGGGGAAGACUUCUCCUGAGACUGUGGAAGCAACAUACAGCUUUGGGAAUUGAUGGCUCUCUGGCUGGACUUGGGGUAUGAAUCCUGAAUACUCCACCUAUCUUCCCUGGCAUUCCAAAGUGCUUGAGAAGUUGUUUCCCGGGGAACACCCUGACCUCCUCAGCCUUCUUCCUCUCGCCACCCAGCAUGCACUCCCUGCUCCUACCUGAGGGAGAACCCGUUGUUUCUUAGGAGGAUCGAUGGUUGCGCUUUGAGAUGCAUAAACACCUGACUUAGAGAUGUCAGGUGACUCAGCUGAAGUCACAUAGCUGAUAAGUGGCGAAGAUGGAAAUCCUGAGGCUGAAGGCAGUUCUACAACACAGCUGAGCUCUCCCUGAGCUGAUAGAAGACUGAUAAACUAGCAUAGGAGAUAGACCCAGCUGUGACGUCGGCCCAGAGAGAAUGGGAUUCCUUUUUCUGAAAGACUUAGAAGAUGUGUGAAAAUGAGAAAAAAGUCUGGAAACUUGGCCAGGAGAGGAGAACACUUUCCCUUCCCUUCCCCCCAUGUCCCAUCGCACCUAAUACAUUUCAACAGGGAUCUGGUCACUGCUGAACUGUCUUCUUUCAGUCUGGGCUUAAUAGAAUUGUUGGUCUCUACAUCUAACUUUCAAUUAAACUCACUUGUUGAACUGCC